AUAAAUUAACUAUUAAUCGACUAUUUAGGGAGAAGUUGAACGUGGGUAGUGGGGAUGGAACAACCAGAGGGAAGCCGCAUUCGUUCAACACCUCAAUUCAGUAGUCAAGUCUGUUCUGUCCAGGCGCAGUCGCCAAUAUCUAGAUUAUCAUGGAAAACGAAAAGCCGGCAAAUGGUACCAACAAUUCCGUGGAGAAUAUGAGUAAUGAGAUUGCAAAUGUGAAAAUUGAAAAUGGAACGGAGAAGUCGGCGCCCGGAAGCCCGUCCCCUGCAUCAGCAACAGGAACGACGGCGACAGGGAGUAGUUUAUCGAUAGGAGCCAAUUUCAAAGCUUUUUCCAAGUUUGGAGAUACUAAAAGCGAUGGUAAACAUAUUACCUUGAGCCAGAGCGAUAAAUGGAUGAAGCAGGCGAAAGUCAUUGACGGAAAGAAAAUCACUACUACUGACACAGGAAUUUAUUUUAAGAAACAAAAAUCAAUGAAGUUGAGUAUGGAGCAGUACAAAGCAUUUUUAGAAGAAUUAGCAAAGGCGAAAAAAAUUGAACUCACGGAUAUUAAGAGUAAAAUGGCACAUUGUGGACCACCUGGAAUCACAGCUUCAACGGUUAGUCCUAAAGCAGCCUCAGCAGUUGACAGACUGACGGAUGUCACUAAGUACACGGGCUCUCACAAACAGCGUUUCGACGAAACAGGAAAGGGCAAAGGAAUCGCCGGAAGAAAGGAUAUACCCGAUGCCUCUGGUUACGUACAGGGCUAUCAAAAUAAAGAUACGUACAAAGGGCAAUAGUUUGGCCCGGGGAAUCCCACCGAUUUCCUUCAAUGAUGAAAAUUCCAGAUUAUUAAAAAUUAAUUUUCCAUUCGUCGGAACAAUAAGUUGAACUGAUGAGUUCUCUUCAAAGGUUAUCGUGUUGGACACGAUACACAAAUUACGCGGCGAAGACAGUUUAUGGCAAUGAGCCAAUUAAAGCCAUCCACCCACUGAGAUAUUUAUAUUUGAAUCGAAUGAGAAUUAUUCGAAUGAAAUCCUCACUUUGGAAUAUCAAAGUUAAAUUUAAAAAUCGUUGUUAAUUUUUCCUAUUAUUUUUAUCUACUUUGAUUAUUUCAAAUUGAAUGCCUCUGAUGUUCGACAAAUGAAAAAUAGCUUAAGGCUAUCCAGAUAACUUUUACGAGUUGGUACACAUCACGGUACAGUGUUGAGCUACAGUAGAAAAGUAUUUCACAAGUACAUUAUCCAUAGUACUUGGAUAAUCUCAACUGAAAACAUUGUGAUAAAUAUUAUAGAGGUAGAUGAGAGAGGUUCAGAAGAACAACGUUUUGUACAUUAUUUCAAAAUUUUGCAUUCUCCUGGCAUAAAACAGCCGGCAUCAAAGAUAUUACCGGAAUAACUGAAUUAAUUUGAAUACUCAACAAAGGUUUCUCUAGAUUUGAAUAAAUUAAUCCACUGGGUGUACAAUUGAAUUUUAUUAAUCAUGAGCAUUGGCUAUUCUACCUGAGAUGCAACCAAUAAUUCUCAUCCGCGAUUCCCAACAGUGUCUUGAAAUUCUUUUCCGUGAUCAUUCCCCUUAGUCUUCAUGAAACAUGAGGUAACCACAUUCGUCACGUGUAAUUAGGCAUAAGUAUCAUUAACUCUGCGGGCAUAGAGUAAACCUUUUCCGUGAUACACCUCCGUGUAGAGUGUUUAUCAAUCACACUUGUUGAAAAAGAAAAAAAAAUCAAAAGAAUUAAUUGAAUAAAUAUAUGGCACAAGGUUAGAUGAGAAAAAUAGAUUAGUUUUAUGAUUGUUUUCUUUAUUCUCAAUAAAAACGUUCUUCAUUAAAAGGUAA